GUGGAUAAUGUAAAAUGAGAUAUUUGCGUGGAUAAUGUAAAAUCCUGUAUAUGGAGUUGGGCUUUAAUUAGCCUAGAUGACGCGCGUGUAGCUCCAUCGGCUCGGCAUCAGGGAUUUGUUUACGUUGUUCGCGCACAGGUUAGAACUGUUAGAAGAUCAGAGGAUAGAAGCCACGUUGGGCUCCACGAUGAGCGAGAUCAGGACGAUGACAACGAUAUUACGCAGAAUGUUUAGCAGGAGAGCAGCGUCCCGGCCGCUCGCCGGUAUUCGCAACAAAAUGCAAGUGAUGAAACAGGAUGAACCGGUUGAUCAUUUCGACGCGGAAGACGUAAGCGAGUUCGAAGCGGACUUUAUGAAUGUUGGUGUGAGCCACAAGAUGCACGAGAGAGAGAUGCAAAGCAAGAAAGAGCAUCUUAAACGCCGAAUCGUCGCGCACAAGUAUUUCAAGGAGAGAGAACCGCGUUUUAUCACAUUCGCGGAAAGGAAGAUGAUUUGUAAAUUGCACAAUCACAAUCCCGACGAGUGGACGGCGGAGAAGCUCAGCGAGAGUUUUCCUGCCUUGCCAGAGACAAUACGGAUGAUUUUGCGCGCCAAGUGGUCACCGAAAUCCGUGGACAAGGUUAUGCAGUACGACAACGUGGCGAUUGCAAAUUGGGAGAAAUUCCGGGCGGGUAACCUUGUUCUGAGUCCCGCACUCGGCGAGCAUCUGACGAAGUUCAAGGACAGGAAAAUUAUUCGGACAGAUAGAGAUUCAUUGGCGGAGCAGUUUGUCUGCAAGCGGGAGUUUGAGAAACCAAGGAGCCAGUUGUUCUCUAGUAUUAUACAGACUUAUCUAGAUGGAAAAGAAAGCGACGCGAAAUUGUUACCGCAAGAAGAUAAUUCGGGCAAAUUGGCAGGACAGUCUAAAAAUCAGAAUUUACUGAUUGCGAGUGCCACGACCGACAGUCCCGCUGCUGUGAAAGAGAAAUUUUUCUUAAACAAGAAGCAAUUGCGUACGAAUUCAGAACAGAAGAAAUUGGAUGUGCAAUUUGACAAGAAGGAAGAAAAACGACUUACGUUCGAUGAAUUUGUGAAGGCGAAGCUGAAGGAUAUAAACCAGGAGUCUCCGGAAGAAGGUGUCACUCUAAUGAACGUGUACAGGAAGCAGGUGGAGGCCAGUCAAAGUACGCAAGCUGCGCAGGUUGCCACAGCGUUUGACAGUGCGGCGCCUAAUGCCAAGGAGGAUACCUCAUUGAAAAUUGUACGACAAGCUGACAAAGACGUUUCUAUAUUUCCUAAGGAUAGGAAUAGAGAUUUCCAGAUUAUUGGGGCGGAUGACAAUCUAUUAGAUACAAGCAUCAAAGUGUGGAAUAAGAAAGUGGAUGUAGAUCUAAACUAUGCUAAGCCAAUAAAGAUUGCGAAGCAUCUCCACCAACCGGGCAUGACGUAUCGGAUCAGCGAUUGUUAUUACGACGACGACGGGGAGUUUUUAUAUCGCGUUCCGGGUGUAUACAGCUGAGUGCCUCCUCGUAGAGCUGUUAAUGUACAUACAUAACGACAGAUUUAGAUGUAAUAUAACUGAUAUGUGAUCGAUAUGUAGUAAAGGAAGAUUGUGACUUC